GUCCGGUUGAGGGUUUAGCUCACGUCAGUGUAGGCUUACAUCUGUAUGUAAAGUUCGUUGUAUACACUAUUGUUGGUUGCUUCUCAGUUGGUUGUAGGAAGUUGUGGCGUGUCGUAUUUUGCAAGAUGAAGAUUGAACUGUGUGUAAUUGCCAGUAUUUUGGUAGGAACCAGUGCUUGGUUGUUUUCAAGAGAUCGAGUUGUACAGGCUGAUGGAGAGGUUGAUUCAACAUGUCAAGGGUCUGGUGCAGAAGGCAGUUGUGAAUUUUAUAAUUGUUUUGAAAGAAGAUUUCCAUGUCGAGCACGAGGAUAUAUGUUAAGAUUUGGAUAUCACUACUGUCAGCGAUUUGAAGAUGUGGAUAAUUAUAGACACGAAUUCAAUCCACAGGCUCAGAAUUUCUUAACAGCAUCACAACAAUGUAUGACAAAGAAACUCUCAGAACAAUUUUACUCAGAAAACCAAGUCAAUUGUCAUGAUUUAGAGCAUGCAGCUUUCAGAAUAAUGGGGGAUUGUUACCUGGAAAAGGGGUUCUGUGAUAUAUUUUGGGACAAUCGAGAAGCUUUUGCCAAAGUUUUUGAUUCUGGAGAUUUGUUUGACUCCUCAUCUUUGAAGAUUUGGAAACAGAUUGGUAAGAUGACCCUCAGAUGUGGUGGACAAUCAGCUGGUGGUGUCUUUUCUUUCAUAAGAUCUAAAAUCAUGAGCUGGAGAGAUCAUUUACCUUUCAAAAAAUAAAUUCACAUCACUCCUAAAU